AUGUCUCCACCCGGUCCAUCCCAUCCAAGUCGUAAUGUCAUCCUAUUCAGAACUCCAACAGAACAAGAUACCUACCAUCUCACACUUUCUUCCCUAGGUUGUCAUCCCAUCUCAAUACCCGUCUUAAUGGAAGAAUAUCAUAUCUCUCAACUUAUCCAAAUUAUACAACAUGGACCGACAUACGAUGGAAUCAUAAUUAGUUCUAAACGUUCUGCAGAAGCUUGGAUCCGAGCUGUAACUUCUCUUUCUACUUCUUCAACUAUCGAUAUAUCCCCUUCUAACUCUUACGUACAUGAUUCCCUCACCCAUUCUCACUUACAAAAUUGGUCUUCCACCCCAUUAUAUUGCGUUGGGAAUUCUUCACUUGAAUUAUUUAAACAAUCCAAUUUAGAAAAAAGAUGGUUACCAGAUUUACGUAUGGCGAUCAGUUCGAAAUCAGCCACGACGUUGAUCCCUCAUAUACUACUACAUCAUGAACCUUACUCUUCAUCUGGAUCUGGAUCUGUUUCCGGAUCGAAUACCUCACAUGUCACAUCUCGAAACCGUCUCGGAAAUUCGGCUUCAUCUCAAGUUCUGAUCGAGCACCGAAGUAAGAGGUACCUCUUACUCAGAGGUGAUAAGACGUUAGAUGAGAUACAAAAGGUCAUUAGGGAAGAAGGAAAUGAAGUUCAUGAAGUGGAAGUUUAUCGUACAUUCCCUAGACCGGAAGUAGAGUUGGAACGAGAUCUCGAUAGGAUCAUGGGGGACUUGAAAGAUGAGGGAGGAUGGUUAGGUUUUUUCUCUCCUUCAGGAGCUGAGGUUGGUUUGCCUUUUCUGAGAAAACGGGGUUUUAUAUCGGGCACAAGAGAACACAUCAAGCGAGCGGAAGAGACGGGCUUAGCUUUCGACGAGGAGAAGACUGGUUUUGAAAGGGGGAUAAUGGACGAACAGAGAAUUGUGGAAGAGGAAAUGGUUUUCAUCAAAAAUUUAAGAGAAACCGGGAAGGAAAGACUGAAGCAGGUGGUCGGAAAUAUAGAAGGUGAAGGGGAGAAUGAGGAAAGAGACGUAGGGGAAGGAUCUACAGGGAGAGGAGGAUGGAAAGUUGUGGUGAUUGGUCAUACCACUGAAGAAUAUCUUACCAGGUCAGACGUAGGGGUCAGAGUAAACGCAGUGGCGGAAACUCCGGAUGUAGAGGGGAUAGUGAAUGCCAUAAUGAUCCCAGAUGGAUGA